GGUUAGUGGCAAGAUAAAAGGAGCAAAUGUCCUGCUUACACACAAACACACUCACCACGUGCACGGCUGUCUGUCCAUCUGUUUGUGGACACUGAAGUGGAGGAGAGGAUCCACCAUCCAAACACCGCGGCUGAAGCUCUCAUCUGAAAAUUCGUACCAUGGAUGCAGCAGAGUUUCGGCGCAGAGGGAGGGAGAUGGUGGACUAUGUGGCCGACUACCUGGAGAACAUAGAACAGCGACCGGUCUACCCAGAUUUGGAACCGGGGUAUCUUCGUUCCUUGAUCCCCGCUGAGGCCCCACUGGAGCCUGAGAGUUAUGAUGAUAUUAUGAAAGAUGUGGAGAGGGUCAUAAUGCCAGGGAUCACCCACUGGCACAGCCCAUACUUUUUUGCAUACUUUCCAGCUGCUUCCUCUUACCCUGCCAUGUUGGCCGACAUGCUGUGCGGAGCCAUUGGCUGUAUUGGAUUCUCCUGGGCUGCCAGCCCAGCCUGUACAGAGCUGGAGACGGUGAUGUUAGAUUGGCUGGGGAAGAUGCUGCAACUGCCUGAGUAUUUUAUAGCUGGGACUCAUGGCCAUGGAGGAGGUGUCAUCCAGAGCACAGCCAGUGAGGCAACCCUGGUGACCUUGCUCGCUGCCCGCUGUAAAGUAGUCCGAAGGGUCCAGGCCUAUAACCCUGAAAAAUCAGAGGGUGAAAUCCUCUCCAAACUGGUGGCGUACACCUCUGAGCAAGCUCAUUCCUCAGUUGAGCGGGCUGCUCUGAUUGGAGGAGUGAUGAUGAGGAAGGUUCCUACAGACAACAACUAUGCUGUCAGAGGGGACAUGCUGACGAAGAUGGUGGGGGAGGACAAAGCAGCUGGACUCAUCCCUUUCUAUUUCUGUGCGACUCUCGGCACCACUGCAUCAUGUGCUUUUGAUCACAUCACCGAGCUGGGGCCCUUAUGUAAUGAGGAAAAUAUGUGGAUGCACAUUGAUGCAGCGUAUGCUGGGAGUGCAUUUAUCUGUCCUGAAUUUAGGCCUUUGUUGAAUGGCAUUGAGUUUGCAGACUCUUUGAACUUCAACCCACACAAAUGGCUUUUAAUCAACUUUGACUGCUCGACAAUGUGGGUGAAGAAGAGAGCAGACAUUAUUGGAGCCUUCAAGAUGGAACCACUCUAUCUGAAACACGAAAACCAGGAGUCAGGGCUGAUCACAGACUAUAGGCAUUGGCAAAUUCCACUGGGAAGAAGAUUUCGCUCACUAAAGAUGUGGUUUGUCUUCCGUAUGUAUGGGCUCAAUGGCCUGCAGGCUCAUAUACGCAAGCAAGUGGCCCUGGCCAAAGAGUUUGAGAGUCUGGUACGAGCAGACAAGAGGUUUGAGAUCUGUGCCGAGGUCAUCAUGGGACUGGUCUGCUUCAGGCUCAAGGGCUCCAAUGAGUUGAACCAGAAAUUGCUGAAAAGGAUCACCAAGAGUAGAGAGAUCCACCUUGUGCCUUGUCAGCUCUCCGACCGCUUUGUGCUACGCUUCGCCAUCUGCGCACGCAGUACUGAGUCAAGUCACAUCCAACAAGCAUGGCGGCACAUCACGCAGCUGACCUUUGAGCUUUUGCAGGAGCCCAAUCAUUGACCAAAAGGCUGGAAAAGGGCUGUCCACUCUGAAAUGAGGACCAUAGUUAGGACAUAAAUUCUGAGUUUCAUGUUGCAGAUGUAAAAUGUCAUAAAGGGAAUGAUCAAUGAUUUCACAGCUCACUUGGUGUGUUUCAGUCUGCAGCCAAGUUAUCCAGUCUAGUAAGCAGUGGUCAUUGUUUUGCUGAUUUUUUGAUUUUCCAAAUUGAUGUAAGUGAAAAUAACUUAUUACACAUCUACAAACACCGAAAUGUGCAUAAAAGAAAAGGAUGCAGGUUCCAAAUAUUACAUUUUUCUAUCUGCAAUGUCUCUCUCCAUUGACUUAGCUUUUAUCACUCACUGUUUAAUGAUUGUUAUUGUCCUCAUCAUAAUGUACUCCUCCCCUUGCAGACUUGUCUUUAGUGUGUAUGCCACUUCUGUGUCUUCUAUGUGUAAAAUUUGGUUUGGGGGGAAUUCAGGGUUUGAUUUGGUAGGUCUGGGGGGAUUUUUUGAGUUCUGCAAUGAAUGUAUUGCACAUAGUGUGUGUGUGUGUGAAUGAAUUUUUGAGUCCAUAUGUGUCUGCAGUUUUCUGUGGGUGCCCAUACAGAAACAGCUUUGUUAUGUGUAUGUGUGCUGAUUUGUGUGAAGAAGUGAAGAAUUAAAAAUGAAUGGGUUGCAAUAGUGUGAGAAAGAUUAAUUUAUCACAUUACUAGUUUGGCUAUAUAUUGUAUGGAGAGCUUUAUAGAGCGUGAUGUUAAAGAAUUCAAACAUUGCUCCUAAAAAUCAGGUUAAACCCCUUUUAUAAGUGCAUUAAUUUAUUUAUGAUUGCAUUAGCAAAAGUAGUUGUCUUUAAUAUAUAAUGGCAGGCAAGGGCCUAUCAUUUAUAUAUUUUUUUUUUUUACAGAAUUGUUAUUAAUUCAUGUAAGUGUCUUAUGCACAGAAGGCCAGUAUUUCCCAAAACUGUAGACAAUCACUCUUUCACUCUGAGUCAGUUGGAUGAGAAUGAAAUGAUGCUACUUUUGGGGUACACAGGUCCACUGUUUGUUUCUUUACUGAGCUUAUUCCCAAUCAUUAGAAUUAUCCUGGGAAUAUAUUUGUGACACAGAUUUAUCAUAAUCACCCUGUACAGUAUAGUAUUAUGUUUCUGUUUUCAGACAGAAAUAAAUGAUGAAAUGGUGCAUACAUUCAGUAUUCUCUGACUGCACACUGUCUAAAACUGAUUUGGUGACUAUAAGGUUAUUGCAGUUUAGCACUGUGUGUACCAGGAAUAUAAGAUUCACAUCCCCCAACAGUAGUCUGUCAUCAGAUAUGUUUAACUUUAAGCCUGAAGAUUCAAGACAGCUUCUCAUGAUGAACACAUGUAAUUAAAACAAGACAAGUCACUAUGGUUUGUAGAUCGCUGAUCCCUCAUAUUUGUCUGCCAGGAGAUAAGUAAAUCUGUGGUGUGACAUCACCAAACGUUGUUGUUAAUUGACAUGAUUGUGUCAAAGUCAGCUGCUGUUACUGAUCAAGGUGUUUUCUCUUUGGCUUGGCUGUGUGCUGCAUGCAAUGGUAUGUGUUUAUUUUAAUAAAGUCUACUGUUGUCUG